AUGAAUAGAGUGCAACUCCGAGCUCAUCUUGAGAGAUCCCGAGACUCGUAUUUUGAGCAACUGGACAGAGAGAGAGCGAGGCAGAGGGACAUCCGCGGCUUUGGAGGUGCGUGUAGCUCUUUGGCACUUUACCCGAGUUUGCCUGCCAGGGUGAGGCAGUUAGUGGACGAGGCCGGCUUUGGGGAGUUCAUCCAGGCGCUUACACCGGCCAGAAAUGACCAUGCCGUUCUAGUGGUGCUCGCAGAGAGGUGGAGGGACACUACCAACACCUUUCACUUACCCAUAGGGGAGUUGACAGUGACACCGACUGACUUUACGGUGAUCACCGGCCUGAGAGUCAGAGGCGAGCCUAUCCCGUUUGAUUCGGGCAUUCAAGACGAUCCUGUGGCUCUAAAGUGGUUCUUGGGAGAGGUGCUCAAGAUUGAGGAAGGGAUGGCAUGGUACAGGCAGUUCACCAAGUACCUCAAGAAAAAGGUAACGACUGAGCAAGAAGCGGAGCAGAUGGCUCGGGCGUACCUGUUGUAUCUCUUCGGCGCAACCCUAUACCCAAACAGGUGCAGUAAGGUCCACCUGUCAUACUUGCCCGCACUGAGGGAAUUGAGGACAGCCUCAUGCUUCGACUGGGGUGGAGCGGCACUAGGCGCGGCCUAUGGUUUCUUGGGCGACUCAUCGAGGACAGAGAUGAGCACGGCUGGAUAUUGGAAGAUCUGGGAGCUUUGGGCGUACGAGGUUUUGAACAUGUGA